CGAUAAUUAAAUGACUCUGGAACUUUCUUUUAAAUACUGGAGGCGUUUGGCGUUACACGUAAUUAAUAAAGCUAUGGAUACACUGCAAUUUAAUUAUAACAUGGACGAAGAGAAACCUUUAUUCACAGCGUCGAGCGAGAAUCAAUGUAUGACAAAUAAAGAAAGUUUUACACAAUCGGACAGAGCUAUCAACGCUCCAGACAGUGCAUUUUCACCGCUAGCUGCACCAUUUCAGAGCAGAAUGAACAACGGUCUCCUCAACAUGAUGCAACAAGAACCACGAGCCGCUGAUACUGCGCCCUCCGCCGCCGAUUUAGAUGACGUCUUGGUGAAUCUCCGCAUUAAUGGCAACGAGCCAAUAUUUGACGAAAUGGAUCAGAAUUCGCAAAAUUACUUUAAUAUGGGGGGGAGCAGAACUGAUACGAUGGCGGGAUCUCAUUCUAAUAUAUGGGCUGAAGGAUCUACACCUUCGGGGUCUAGGAAUGGAGAGAUGAUUGACACCUUCGAUUUCCUUAUUAAGAGUCUCUCUGCGGCCAACAAUUACGUGUCCAUGUUGACUAGAGAGCAGUUAUCUGUGCUCCGGUGUAUAAGACCAAGUCUCUUGUACGAAAUGUUGCAGGAGGUUGCUAAGGUCCGUAGUGACAAGCGAAUGAGACGAGCUCUUCCUAACGAGUGUGCUUUUUGCAAAAACAACGGUGAGAACGAAGAGUCGUACACAUCGCACGCGUUGAAGGACUGGCGCGGACGUGUCGAGUGUCCCGUGCUAAGAGCGUUCCGCUGUCCACGGUGCGGCGCGACCGGGGACAGAGCUCACACGAUCAAGUACUGCCCCGAGAACGGAGACGCCGGUAUGGACCGUGGUGGUCUACUAUCUCGUCGUCGCGCGCCUUCCGGUUUGCUUCUUGGUAGAGCUGGUUGCAGCACCCCGACACCCACACAGUCACCAUCUGUCAAUCAGCCGUCAUUGUGGUCUAAUUUCGGCAUAAACUAAACCUAAAUUUUCAAAUUAGGUUCACUUACACGGAGUAAGAAUUUAAAAUAAACAGCGAAGUAUAGCCACGUUCGAGUCAGUUAAUUUAUCUAUAUCUUAAAAGUUAAUUAAAAUGAUAUGUAACUUUCAUUAAGUUAUAAGUGAAUUAUCGACAAUGUUUGUUUUAGGUCAUACCUAUCCCGUAUUACGAAUCGCCUCUUAUUUUAUAAUUUUGUUAGAAUAAUCGCUUUAAAAUUAAUUGUUUACAUUAGAGUCCUCUUAAUAUUUGCGAGACAAGUUCAUUUUACUACUACGUAAGUAGAAUUUUGAACGGAGUGCAUUUAACGUUGAUCUAACCACUUCAUACAGGUAUGCCGGCCAUAUUGUGUAUGAAAAAGUCAAAUAUCGACUGUGCAAGACGACUUUGAUGUUCAAUAUUUUUCAUUGGGUUUUUUGUUUUUUUUUUUGAUUUACAUAAAAUUAAUCGUUUUAAUUAAUUUAUAACAUCAUUCGUUUAUAAUUCAAUCAUUGCAAUCGGAAAUUUUUUCAAUGAAUUAUCAAUAAUACAGAUGAUAUAUAUUAUAAAUCUAUUAAUUCUGAAUAACUAAUGGCAACACCAUCAAUUAAUGCUUCUCCAAUCGCAUUAAAUUAACGCAAGAUUUUUAACCAAUGAAAAAUGUUUAGUUUCCUCGGUGUGGGUUUUUGGGUUUUAAUAAAAGAUGUAAGCAGAUGUAA